CAGCAUUUUCAGCUGAAAUCGAGCUAGGAUAGUCGGGAAUCGCACAUCCAGGAGUUCUUCCCGGUAUGGGGGACAUGAAGACCCCAGAUUUUGAUGACCUGUUGGCAGCAUUUGACAUUCCUGACAUUGAUGCCAAAGAGGCCAUCCAGUCUGCACCAGAUGAGGCAGAGGGACCCCAUGGAGCUGCAGGUGCACCUCUGGGAAAGUCAGACAGCGUGGUGGGCUCAUCCUUGAGACCGCCCAGCCCCCCAGACCCCCAGGCGGACACCUCAAUUGUUAGUGUGAUUGUGAAGAAUAAAGUGCGCCUUGAGGCCGUGGAUGGAGGGGAGGGAGACACAGACCAGGACCCUAUUGAUGUGAUCGCAGGGGUAGAUGUUGGUCCUAGAUUAGGAGCAUGUGCGCCUGGAAUGGCUGAAUCGGAGGCGCUCAACCACAACGGUUUUGGGGCGUCUGGUGUCUCCACGCCCCUUCCUCUCAGCCAGACUCAGUCUAAUGGAGCGCCGUGGUCAAUAAACACCCCCAAAGUGUCUUCAGAGGCAGCAGGUGCAGCCAAGGCUCACAAAUCAGGCGGGAACAUUUUCAACAGACUUAAACCGCUUGUGGCGCAGGGGUCUGGAGAUCCAGUGGGUCGGGCCAGGAAGAUGCAGCUUCUACAGCAGCAGCACCAGCAGCAGCAGGAUACAGGUCAAGAGAGGGCAGACGGCGUCAAAGCAUCAUUACCGUCAUCUUCCUCUCUGUCAGCUGGGUCGUCUCCUCUGGCUGCAGGUGGCGCCGUCGGACUAGCGUCGCCUUUUUUCCCCCCAUCUAAGCCCCUGCUCCCCACUCCACCCUCUGCCCUCUCGUCACACCCACUGCAUUCAUCUCAGCCUUUUAACGGAGCGCCCAAAGGAGGCCCUGCUGGAUUUCAGCACCAGCAGAUGGAGGAGGAUGAUUCUGACCCGGAUUUGGGGAGUCCGCUGGUGAUCCAGGAGAACCCAGACUCCCCGACUUGCACUCAGCUGAGCCGACGUUACAAGUCCGACUCAACGCAACCCACGUCCUCUGCUGCAUCGCAUCCUAAACCUGGGGACACUCCCUCAGGGGCGACUUCAUCGACACCCCAAUCUGGUUCAACAGAGAGUCCGCAGCUGGAGGACAGGCAUCCCGAACACGUCAUAGAGGAGAGAGAUUCACCAGAGAGUCCUGAACCCGAGAUGCCAAAAUCAACUGCUCAAGUCGCAGCGAAAAGGUGCUCCAGCCCUGCGGUGGCGUCCACUCCACCUCCUUCUGAACUACGAGAGCCCAAAGAGGAGGAGGAGGAGAUGGAGGUGGGGAACGGGAUAGAGAAGGCCGCUGACGGCAAAGCUGACAAGGAAGAAAACGGGAGAACAAGUGAGGAGAAGAUGGAGGUAGAUGAUGGAAAGCCUAAAGCUCAGUCCACUGACGGAGCAGAGGCAGGUGUUGCUGCACCUGCUCCUUCUGGAGCUCCAGCCCGACCCCUUAAAGUCAGAAUAAAAACAAUUAAAACCUCCACAGGUGGAAUAACCAGAACUGUCACACGGGUAGCGCCCAAAGGUGGUGCUGCAGGGAAAGGUUUGGACCCUAAAGCGCAAUCUGGGGAACGUAAGACGUUAGGAAACAAGGCCCAAAAACUUGAAGCUUCCCCCGGUCACAUGACGACAACCUCCCAGAAAGUAAGUGCUCUCAAUGCUCUGCCUGUGUCCACACUCGCGGCCAGCAGCGUCAUGCUAGCUGCCGCCACGAAGGUCCAAAACAAAAUGGCUGCAUCUGACAAGGCGAAGGUUUCUGCCACCGCUGUCAGCAUCACUAAAUCAGCUGCGCUGCCUGCAACUCCCGCCGUGGCCUCCUCUCCCAAGUUCUCAGUUGCUGCUGGUGGGAUCAGUGUACGCACAGCCACUAAUAAGACAGCUAACGGAGGUAGCAGCACCAUCAUCGGCGGCACCCUCCAGCCAAACAAACCUGCCUCCAUCGUCAACAGCACGGGUGCCGUCAUCUCCCGCAGUCAGUCGAGCCUGGUGGAGGCUUUUAACAAAAUCCUGAACAGUAAGAACCUUUUGCCGAGCUACAAGCCCGACCUCUCAGCACCACCUCCACCUGAGUGGGGUCUCCCGCUCCCGGCCACAGGGUACCGCUGCCUGGAGUGCGGAGACGCUUUCGCCCUGGAGCGCAGCCUGGCUCGACACUAUGACAGACGAUCACUCCGCAUCGAGGUGACCUGUAACCAUUGUGCUAAGAGGUUGGCCUUCUUCAAUAAAUGCAGCCUGCUGCUGCAUGCCAGGGAGCAUAAGGAGCGUGGGCUGGUCAUGCAGUGCUCACACCUGGUCAUGAGGCCUGUCACUGUGGAGCAGAUGAUUGGACAGCAGGACAUAACACCUAUAGGUGGCCUGCUCUCCUCUUCGUCCUCCUCUCCUCCAGUCUCCUCUCCUAACACCACACCCGGGGGCCCCGCUGUCUCCGCCAACUCCAGCCCAAUGAAGGAUGCUUCAUCUCCGGCAGCGGCUCAGCCUCGGCCGGUCCGCCGCACACCUCAGGGCCCCCAAGCGCUGAUGCCUCUGCCUUGCAAGAAGGCCGAGGGUCUGCAGUACAACAACUUCAAAUGUCCAGAGUGCCAAACACAAUUCUCUGGAAAGGCUGAGCUGGUCACCCACUUCCAGCAGAUCAGAGCUGCUCCAAACUCAACAUGUACGCAAUGCUCGCCUCCCAUGAUGCUGCCCAACUCGUGUGCCGUGUCCGCCCAUCAGAGGAUCCAUAAACACAGAGCGCCUCACGUCUGUCCUGAGUGUGGUGGGAUUGCCCGGCAGGCCAGCUUCCAGACUCACCUGGAGGAGGCCUGCCUGCACUUUGCCAGGCGCAUUGGAUACAGGUGCUCGAGCUGCCAGGUUGUGUUCGGAGGGUUAAACUCCAUCAAGUCCCACAUUCAGACAGCUCACUGCGAGGUCUUCCACAAGUGCCCCAGCUGCCCCAUGGCCUUCAAGUCUUCCCCCAGCGCUCAGAGUCACAUCAGCACCCAGCACCCGACGCUCACGGGAGGACAGGCCAAAAUGAUCUACAAGUGUGUGAUGUGUGAUACAGUUUUUACCCAAAAGCCCUUGCUGUACAUGCACUUUGACACUCAUUUAGCCAAGCAGAAAGUGCAUGUGUUCAAGUGUCCCGACUGCACCAAGCUCUACGCCCAGAAAGGAUCAAUGAUGGAGCAUAUUAAGACGGCUCACAGAGGACCCUCCGCCAAACAGACAGAGUCUCAGUCCGAUGCAUCUAACCCCGCCUCAGCCCCGGCAAACACAUCCAGCUCCUCUGGCCUCAAAUCAAAAUCCUCUGGAAAACCUGACAACUCAGACGGAGAGGACUGGGGUCGGGAACAGGAGGAAGAAGACGAGGAGGAGGAAGAGGAUGAUGAUGAGGACGAAGACUACGAGGCUCCAGGGGGUAACUCAGCCGCCUCGGGGGGCGGAAGUCAUCCCCCCGCCCAAACUGAGUGGACCUGCCCCCAGUGCCAGACCACCUUCACCGACAACGAGGACUAUCUGAGUCACGUGAAGAUGGAGCACGGCAAGUUCCCUUGUCGUAUUUGUGGAGGCACGUUCAGCACUUCAUCCAGCCUGAGACGUCAUGAGCGUGUCAUUCAUGAGGGCAAGAGAGUCUUCCAUUGCCAAUAUUGCACAGAAGGAAAACGCACCUUUGGUAGUCGGUUCUUACUGGACAAGCAUAUUCGGCUCCAUCACAGAACCACAGAUGGACAGGACAGACCCAUGACCAGAAAACGUGCAGCCACAGGAGGAGAAGGACCGGGCAGUUCCUCAGAACAGGACGGUGAGGGCGGACCUCCUGGAGGCAGAGCGGGAGACGAGGAUGAAAACGCCACUGAGGACGGUGAGGAGGGGUCUGCAGGUCCUGCAAAGAGAACCAGGGCGUCCAUUGCGUCGGCAUCGUUGGCACCCAGCGAGCUUGAGGAGGAAGACAACGUUUUCCGCUGUGUCCCGUGCGGCUUUUCAACCGAGGACGGGGCAGAGUUUCAGCGCCACAUCCCCCAGCACCGGGCAGACACAGCCUCUUUCCAGUGCCUGCAGUGCGGCGUCUGCUUUGCAUCAGCCGGCUCUCUCAGCAGGCACCGCUUCAUCACUCACCGUGUGCGGGACACCCAGGGCGACGCGGACCGCAGCACCCCGCGCGCUCACGGCUCUCCUGACGGCUCGCCUGCUGGCUCCCCUCUGGCGCAUGGCGAGGACGGAGAGGGCAAUAUGUGCUGCAAGGUGUGCGGCCGGCGAUUCGACAAGGCCUCGGACCUCAACACCCACUUCAGGACCCACGGCAUGGCCUUCCUCACCGCACACAAGACAGACAAGCCCCAGUAGAGGAGGGGGUGACUGACAGAUCUACAACGAGGAGUCAUGACAGAGGUGGGAGGCUGUAGAACAUGAAUGUUGAUCCUGAGAUGAAACAGCUGCUUCCUGUGCAGUUUUUUUUAGCCAACAUAAACUGUUCCACUCUAAUCUACGGCACCUCUUCUGUGCGAUUGUAACUGCAUGUUUGAUCAUGUUUCCGGUCACUUAACAGAACACACCUGUGAUAGACUCUCGAGCGGGAAGGCUCUCAAACAGCCCCGAGUAAAGCAUUUAUAUAUCAGCCAUACUGUGUUUAAUACGUCUUGUCCUUCCAUCUCAAUCACUCUGCACUGACUGUAGCCACCUGCCUGUUUUUAAACAUAACACACACAAACACAUCCCACUGUACUCCUGACAGCUGUAGUGCCCAUAUUUUUGUACCUAACAUUGUUCGUGGUAUUCAUACUCGUUCGCCUCAAGCUCAUUUUUCUGGCGUGAGCUCAGUUUUAACGUCUUAAAACUGAUUUCAAGCUAAAUUCUCAAGAAGCAUGAAGAGGAGAAUUUAACACUGAUUUUUAUGUUGCUAUAAUAUUUAUUUAUACGAAACACAUCACUGCUGUUGGUAUCCGUGAGUUGGUUGCGUCGAAUCAUACUAGAUUUGGUUUACCUGCAACAGAAACAUGAGAUAAGAAUCUCUGGCGGUGUUUUAUUAGGAGACGAGGUUACUGGAGGUCUGUAACCUGUGUAGUGUGAAUAAUGUGUGAUGUUGUUAAUCGUUAAGCUAGAGGAAGAAGAGAGGUCAGGCUUCCUGCCAGUAGUAUAUGUGUACGUUUUGCCAUGUAAAUACAUAUUACACUAAAAGAAAGCGUUCUGGUUUUAGUAACUUGCUAUGAUAAUGUGAAUACGUAUAGUAUUUGUACUUGUACUGUUCCCUUUUUUUCCAAACAAUUUGAAGUUUAAAAGAAUCCCCCCCCAGAGGUAGCUAUACAUUGUAAUUACAAAGCAGAGGGAGAGCGCGGGGGUCGUGUUGUCUUAAUGUGUAUGAAUACAAAUGUUUAUCUCUUUGAGACGGUUCUUUUUUAUCUACAGAAUCAGUGCUUGCUGUACUCACAUUUCUUUUUGUAUGUUUCAAAAACAGCCUUCAUGGUCACACGAUGGAGGCCUAAGAGUGGAUUUUCUUUUUUUUUUUUGUUUGUAUCUUUUAUAUGUCAUAAUAUCAUAUUUA